GUUCCGGGUUUCUGUGUUUUCACGGCUUCUGGUCUGAACGCAGCUGACAGCCUUCGUCCAAUGACAGGAGUCCACAUGCAGCGCAGGAAGAGGGGCAGCAGAGAGGCGCUGAUAAACCAGACUGUCGGCACCGAGCUCAGCCACACGGAGCUGCGCCACGGCGAGAAACGGUACGGUCGGUACGGUAGCCCAGAGGAGCAGCGGACCGGUGAAUGCGGUCCUCAGCACGGGACACUGCUGCAGACACAACCCGCCGUGUUCGGAGAUAAGCGGCCCCCCAGAGUCACCUCCAUCCAGGGAGAAGAGGAACCAGGCUCUCCGUGACACAUUUCCCAUCAUUCCCGUGAAGAACAGCCCUAGAGGGGGACACGGCGGCCGGUAGCUGUCGGUAGCUCUCCGGGUGUGAAUCCACCGCUCUGGUACCAAACUCCUCUCCGUCCAGGGUCCAGAGAGCUCCAGAGCCUGCCGUCCAGUGCAGCGGUGUUUUUGUGAAGCUGAGCGGGAAGCAGCCGUGUGUCCGCCAUGGAGAACGCUCACACCAAGAGUGUGGAAGAAGUUUACAGUUAUUUCUGCGUCAAUGAGAGCACCGGACUUUCUCUGGACGAGGUGAAGCGACAGCGAGAGAAAUGGGGCCUAAACGAGUUGCCAGCAGAGGAAGGGAAAUCUUUAUGGGAGCUCGUGCUUGAACAGUUUGAAGAUUUACUCGUGCGAAUCCUUCUGCUGGCUGCGUGUAUAUCUUUUGUCCUGGCCUGGUUUGAGGAGGGAGAAGAAACUAUCACAGCUUUCGUGGAGCCUUUUGUAAUUUUACUCAUUCUAAUAGCGAAUGCCAUUGUCGGUGUGUGGCAGGAACGCAAUGCUGAGGAUGCAAUUGAGGCACUUAAAGAGUAUGAGCCUGAGAUGGGGAAAGUGUACCGGCAGGACAGGAAAACUGUGCAGAGGAUCAAGGCCAGAGACAUUGUGCCUGGUGACAUCGUGGAGGUUGCUGUUGGAGACAAGGUGCCCGCUGAUAUCCGUAUCUGUUCAAUCAAAUCAACAACUCUGCGGGUAGACCAGUCCAUUCUGACCGGCGAAUCUGUGUCUGUCAUUAAACACACCGACCCUGUGCCUGACCCUCGGGCUGUCAAUCAAGACAAGAAGAACAUGCUCUUCUCUGGUACCAAUAUUGCAGCUGGGAAGGCUGUGGGUGUGGUUGUUGCUACUGGUGUCAACACAGAAAUCGGUAAGAUCCGUGACGAGAUGGCGGCCACCGAGCAGGAGAAGACACCCCUGCAGCAGAAGCUGGACGAAUUUGGCCAGCAGCUGUCCAAGGUCAUUUCCAUUAUCUGCAUAGCCGUGUGGAUCAUCAACAUUGGACACUUCAAUGACCCCGUCCACGGAGGCUCCUGGAUCCGUGGGGCUGUCUACUACUUCAAGAUUGCCGUGGCGCUGGCUGUGGCUGCCAUCCCUGAGGGUCUUCCUGCCGUCAUCACCACCUGUCUGGCUCUGGGCACUCGCCGCAUGGCCAAGAAGAAUGCCAUCGUCCGCAGCCUGCCCUCUGUGGAGACCUUGGGCUGCACCUCUGUCAUCUGCUCUGACAAAACUGGAACCCUGACAACCAACCAGAUGUCUGUCUGCAGAAUGUUCGUUAUCAACAAAGCCGAAGGUGACAGCUGCUCUCUGUCAGAGUUCACCAUCACAGGCUCUACCUACGCACCUGAGGGAGAAGUGUACCAUGAUGGUAAACCAGUGAAAAGCUCCCAGUAUGAUGCCUUGGUUGAACUGGCCACUAUCUGUGCCCUGUGUAAUGACUCCUCUCUGGACUUCAACGAGGUGAAGGGUGUGUACGAGAAGGUCGGUGAGGCCACGGAGACUGCGCUGACCUGUCUGGUGGAGAAGAUGAACGUCUUUGACACUGAAGUCCACAACUUGUCCAAGAUUGACAGAGCCAAUGCCUGCAACUCAGUGAUCAAACAGCUGAUGAAGAAGGAGUUCACCUUGGAGUUCUCCAGAGACAGAAAGUCCAUGUCGGUCUAUUGCACCCCAAACAAGUCCCGUUCUUCCCUUGGCAAAAUGUUUGUUAAGGGAGCCCCAGAAGGAGUCAUUGACAGAUGCACUCAUGUCAGAGUGGGCAACAACAAAAUUCCUCUCAGCCAAGGCAUUAAGGAAAAGAUCAUGUCUGUUAUCCGCGAGUACGGGACAGGGCGUGACACCCUAAGGUGCUUGGCUCUGGCCACACGAGACAGCCCACCCAAAAUGGAUGACAUGAUACUGUCUGACACUGCUAAAUUUUCGGAGUAUGAGUCUGACCUAACCUUCGUGGGCUGUGUCGGCAUGCUGGACCCUCCCAGACAGGAGGUGGCUGCUUCUAUCACGCUGUGCCGUCAGGCUGGCAUUCGCGUCAUCAUGAUCACUGGGGACAACAAGGGCACAGCUGUGGCUAUCUGCCGCCGCAUUGGUAUUCUGACUGAGGAGGAUGAUGUCGAACGUAUGGCCUUCACGGGACGUGAGUUCGAUGAACUCUCACCCUACACUCAGCGGGAGGCUGUGACUCAUGCACGCUGUUUUGCCCGUGUCGAGCCUUCCCACAAGUCCAAGAUCGUUGAGUUUCUGCAGGGAUUUGACGAGAUUACUGCUAUGACAGGUGACGGAGUGAAUGAUGCUCCUGCCUUGAAGAAGGCAGAGAUCGGCAUCGCUAUGGGGUCUGGCACUGCUGUGGCCAAGUCAGCCUCCGAGAUGGUCCUUGCUGAUGACAACUUCUCUUCCAUAGUGGCUGCCGUUGAAGAAGGCCGAGCUAUUUACAAUAAUAUGAAGCAGUUCAUCAGAUACCUUAUCUCCUCCAAUGUGGGUGAGGUUGUUUGUAUCUUCCUUACUGCGGCUCUGGGUUUCCCUGAGGCUCUGAUCCCAGUUCAGCUGCUCUGGGUCAACCUGGUGACAGACGGCCUCCCUGCCACCGCCCUGGGCUUUAACCCUCCAGAUCUGGACAUUAUGGAGAAGCCUCCUCGCAAUGCUAAGGAGCCACUGAUCUCUGGUUGGCUCUUCUUCAGAUAUCUGGCCAUUGGAGGCUAUGUGGGUGCUGCCACUGUGGGGGCUGCUGCUUGGUGGUUUACAGUGUCUGAAGAUGGACCACAGCUCACUCUGUACCAGCUGAGCCACUUCCUGCAGUGUGGCCCAGACAACCCAGAAUUCGACGGCUUGGACUGCCACGUGUUUGAGUCUCCCUACCCGAUGACCAUGGCCCUGUCGGUGCUCGUCACCAUUGAGAUGUGCAAUGCUCUGAACAGCCUGUCAGAGAACCAGUCUCUGUUACGGAUGCCUCCCUGGGAGAACAUUUGGCUACUGGGGGCCAUCUGCCUCUCCAUGUCUCUCCACUUCCUUAUUCUUUAUGUGGAACCUCUGCCUGUCAUCUUCCAGAUCACCCCUCUGGAUACGACUCAGUGGAUGAUGGUGCUGAAGAUCUCUCUGCCUGUCAUCCUGCUCGACGAACUGCUAAAGUUUAUGGCCAGGAACUACUUGGAUUUUGGUAAACAGCUGGAGAAGCCGGUCAGAAAAGGCUGCUCCCUGUCUGCAUGUGCCGAGGGCAUCUCCUGGCCCUUCGUGGCCAUCUCCCUGCCCCUGGUGCUGUGGAUCUACAGCACCGACACUAACGUGUCCGCCAUGUUGUGGCCCUGACUGACUCCAGCACACUACCCUCCCUGUGCACCAGUGUGAAGUGAACAUUAACACACACAUCUAACACAGUUACAUUAACUCGGAACAACCUCCAAUCAACACUCACACCCGCUCUGACCACCGUCAGAUCUUUUUGUAUUUACUACAUUUACCUUGGUACAUAUUUUUGGGUUGGGGGGGGUUAGUCAUAUUUUAAUGACUUUGACAUUUCGUCUACAUGUUUUCUUUUACCAUUGCGCUUUUCUCUCUUUUGACCCCCGAUGUGAACAGUUGGAGAUGUUGGAGCUGUGUGUUGAGCUGUACAGAGAAUUUACACUAUUUUAUAAUGAUUAAUAUUUUGUAAUUUUGGGGGGAGGGUCCAUGGGGACAAGAAAGCUGGGUGUGAAGAGAUUAUGAGGACCGCAUAGUAUCAUACUAAUUUGAGGGGCUGAAGACUUGAAUAUAUUUGCCCUGGCAUGAAUCUCUGGUCAUUUUUGAGCUCCAUGCAUCAUGUUCGUUCAUUAUUUUCUGCAUUAGGCAGAGCACAGCUACCUCAAUGCUGUUAAUAUGACCAUAACUAUCCAUUUGUCAUAACCAUUUCGUAGAUUAUCAUUUGAAGUGUUGAGGUAAGCACCAAUUUGUUUUGCAGUAGAGAUGAAGCCCUCGCACGCAUUUUAAUGUCGUUUUUUGUAUUAUAUUUUUCUUCCUCUGUUAUCUGAGGGAAGAGGACAAAGAUGUUACCAGUUUGAUUCAAAGCAAUUUUUGAUACAGUCUGUUGUUAAAUUUAUUUACUUGAAGAAACAUAUUUGUCUGGAUUUUGUUUUUAAGUUCUGAGAUUUAGUCUGAGUUUUAAUUUUUCAUCUUAAUUCCAGUAAUCCUUAUAAUGUCUGUAAAAUGUGCACACACUGUACUUGAAUAUGUAAAAAGGCACCAAGAGGCUGUUACCAACUGAGCACAACAUGGACAGUUUAAGGGGAGCUCAGCCCUCUGAAGGCUGAAACAGCAGGUCAUUGGAAGAGUCUAUCUGUACAUAGCACACAAAGUAGAAGCUCUGAAUACAUAGUUUUGUUGCUGUUUAAAUGCUCCAUACAGUUACACUAGUUUACUUCAGUGUGCUCUUAGCCCUAGUGCAUGGCUGCUCCAAUAAUCCCAGGCCAGUGAGUGCUUUAAAUUUUUGGUUUCAUAGCUAACUGUUGUUUCUUCCAAUGCCUUCCACCUGUUUACCUGCAGACAAAGGCCAAGUAAGCCCACCUCUACUCUAAAUUCCUUGCAGAAACUUUGGUUUGGUUUUGUUGUGCAUGUGUGUUUUGGGCAGCACAUCUUACUAAGAGCUGCAUGUCAGUGAAGUGAUACAAUGACAGGAGCUCAUCAAGUUCAUACAUCAUUUUUAUAGAACGGCCAUUAACAAAUGUCUGAUGGAAACUAGCCAGUCCCUCCUUGUUGUCCUUCCAUCCUCCUGCAUGAAGAGCCUCAGAUUAUGAUACAAUCUCAUGCCAUCUUUUUAGACUACGAUCUUAGUACCAUGUACAGUCAGUUGUACAUUAUUCCUUGGUGCAUGUUCACUCUGUCAUCUGUUUUACCAGACUUCUGUAAUAGACAAUGUAUAGUAUUGGUAAAUAGAUUAGACAUUUGUCAGAUAGUACAACUGUUAAAUAAGCUCAAAAACACAGUUCAUCUUUCCUAAGGAAAUACUUUUAUGGGAUAUUUAAAAACCAAACAGACUUUUUUUUGUUUUUUUGAUUUGCACUGAGAUGUGCAACAUGUUUGGAGCAGAUUUUGCCACAUCUGGGAAGGCGGAUGUGCAGCAAUGCACGUUUCACCGUGACGACAGGCAGUCCCUCCACUGGCAUUGUUUGCCAAACUGCUGUACUGUAUUUUCAGAGACGAUUGUACAAUGUAUCACAUGAACUUUGGUUUCAGGUAAAUAAAGCUGUCAUACAUGAAGAGUUCA